AUGCCGACAAAGUCCAAGGCGAAAGCUCCCGUGAGCGUCGACGAGACGGGCCUGCUCUCGCAGAGUACGGUAAAGGGCAAGGGAAGGGCGUCCGAGGACGAUGGCCCCAAGGAGAAGGACAAGGCCAAAUCGAGGAUGCUAUCUAAAGUUCCUUUCCGCCGAACCGACGGCGCCGCCGGGCGUGGCGCGAAGGACCGCGACCGGGACAAAGUCCGAGUCGCUGGCCAUACGAGCUUCUUGACGCCCUCGUUGCGCCAGGCCUCCAUGUCCUCCCCCACGCUGCACCUGUCCGCACAGCCCAUCCUCUCCUCCUUCACCCAGCCCUUCGCGCUGCCCAGCGGCUCGACAUCCAAUGUCGCCGCGCUCGUAUCGCCCCCUCGCGACCGUUCACGAAGGGCGAGCGUCCAACCUGUCGUGAGUCCGAGGGACAUCAGUGGUCCGACCCCGCUGGCCCCUCGACGAGUCGGAGCGUCCUCACCCCACCGAGACAGCGAGCGAACUCCCAAACGACCUCCCCCACUCACCCUCGCCCCGGCCCCCACCGUUCCUUCCACCCCCAACACCCCCCGCUCUCCCCCGCCAGAAACACCGACCCGACGAUCGAGGGAUGCGGCACGAACGCCCGACCCGGGCUCACCGUCCCCACGAGGGUUGGGCAUGAGCCAGCGACGCGCCGCGGCGAGUGCCAGCCAUCUUCCGCUCGGCUACGGGGCCCCUCCUGCCCCGAUCCAGCCGCGCUCCCCUUCGCGGACCUCAAUCUCGCACCGGCCUAUCCCCUCGGCGUCUUCGUCCUCUCAUCUCCCUCUAACAUCCACCCCGACGGGGAACAGUGGUCGACGGCCGUCAUUGGACGCCCGCCGUCAGGGAACCGUUCCGCAUCACCCGCGACCAAUUCCCGCGCGGCCUCACCUGCCACCCCUGCCCGCGCCCGCGCGCUUCUCGCCGAGCUUCAACCACACCCGCCUCUACAAUGCCUCCUCGACGUCGCUCGCGACGCCCGCCAACCCGGAGCACCGCGAGCUUAUACGCUCCGCGACGUCGUUCCUCUGCAAAGAGAUGCUCAAACCUCCCUCUUCGGCCCACAAGAACAGUCUGGACCCCAAGGACUGGGAGGAGGUCGAGGCGCGGUUACGGGCGCUUGCGCGGCUCGAGAGGAUCUGGAACCGAACAGGCGCGAUGGCGAGCACGUCCCAGGUCAACAUGGCAGGCCUCAAUGGCGCACUAGCUUCGGGAGGCGAGGAGAAAGAGCGGAGGCUGUUUGCGGAAGCGCUGCGAGAUGGCUACGUCCUUUGCCAGUGUGUCAACAAGUUGUUUCCGGGUACGAUCCAUCGAGUGGACAAGCGCGAGGACGGGUUCGUGCGUACGUCAAAUGUUACGAAAUUUUUGGCAGGGUCCUCGUCGGUGGGGCUGGCGUCGGACGAGCUCUUCCACCGCGACGAUCUCAUCGAGGCGAACAGUGAGUGUCUUGCGCGUGUGGCCCGGUCGAUCCUCGCAUUGUCCCGUUUGGCGGAGUUCCCUGGCGCAGACAAGAGCAAGAUCCUCCUCGGAGGUGGUGGUUCACGCCCUGGGAACAGCCCUUAUGGGCAGAACGGCCGCGCAGCCGCGUCCACUCCCAACCUGAACAUGUCCCCGCUUCAACGCUCCGUGUCCCCGUCCGGCCCCACCUCCCCCACCUCUCGCAAACGCUGGAGUCCUCAUCACCAUCUCCCCACCGUUCGGUCCGACAGUCCGAACGAAGACGUCAGUGACGGAAGGACGGCCAACGACGACGACGUCUUCGGCGGCCCGCCAAACCGCAAAGCUGCCAAGGCAGGCGACCAGGACGAGGCGCCACCGGCCGUGCCCCCACGAUCCCCCCUUCGGGUCCGCCCCGUUGCGGAACGCGUCUCCAUCGCCGACUCCACACGUGCUUCUAUGGGCGACUCUGUCGUCGGGCCUCUCGUGGACACCCUUGAUCUCCCUCCGCCGAUGCGCCAGUCCCAGGCGUCGAGCAACCUCACCGACUCCACUGUGUACUCGACCGCGUUCUCGAGCCUCCUCGAUCCCCAUCCACCGCGGAGCCCGAGCAGCCAGACUCGGUUCGGCACCAUUCGUACCAUCAACACCGAUGCGACAUCCUUUGCACUCUCCGACUCGCUCUCUCGUGCGGACGGCAGCUCCAUCGCCCCGUCGCUGAAGGACGACGGCCUGAGACGAAGCAUCGACUCACCAUCAAGGCCCUCGCGUGAGCGGCGACCGAGUGAGACCGCAGUGGUGGAUCUGACGAGGGUGGUGGAGGAGACGGAGGACAGCGCGACGAGUAAGUCCCGGUCAGAUAAGUCGGAGGGGGACAAGUCGCGGACGCCGUCAAGCCGGCAGCCCAUCCCUAUAAAGCUCGGCAAGGGCAAGUGGCCCGACGACUUCAUCGGCCUGGACUCCUUCCAAACGCCCAAGUCCUCCCUUUGGGACGACGACGAGUCGCUCAACGCGUCCGUCCACACCCCCUACACGCCCCUCUCGGUCUCACCCCCGCGCAGCAAGCUCGCGCCGCCCGCACGGCAGCCGAACGAAAGCGUCGAGUCGCUCCCGCAGUUCCAGCGCCGGCCAACGCACCGCGCACGGCACUCCGUCGACGCAGCCGGCGGGGGCCUCCUGCCCAAGGAGUCCAUCCUGCGACGCGACUCGAGCCCUGACGCGAGCGGCUCGCCCCCUCGGCGAAUCAUCCUCCGCCGCAGCUCCUCCAAGGCGCCGAGCAACCGCAACGGGAUCUACAUCCCCCGCCAGGAGGGCUCCGUCUCCCCCGAGGGCAGCGACAGCCCGGUCCCCUUCCCGCGCACCGUGUCCGGCGAGCACUCCGCGCCCACCGGCGCGCUCGUCUUCCCCACCUCCUCGUCGCCCGACGACGCGAGAGACCUCGACCCCGCGUCGCCCUCGAGCGCGCCCGACCGCCCGCGGCUCCCCCGCGGCCGCUUCCAGAGCGAGGUCGAUGCGGCGAGCGCGCGCCGGAAGCCGCGGCCGAACUCGUUCGACGAGUACGGCGCGAAGCCGCCGCGCCGGUCGCGCUUCGAGAGCAUGGUCAACCUCGGCGUCGCGUCGAGCAGCAACGCGAGCGCGAGCGACCUCAUGUCCCGCGACUCGUACGACGGCAGCGCCGUGCGGCAGACGCUGAUCGUCCGCGAGGACGGCAAGGCGCCGACGCAGUUCCAACUCGGGAACUGCAUCGGCCGCGGGCAGUUCGGCGCGGUGUACAGGGCGCUCAACCUCAACACGGGCCAGAUGGUCGCCGUGAAGCGGAUCCGCCUCGAAGGGCUGAAGGAGGAGGAGAUCGCGCAGCUCAUGAAGGAGGUCGACCUCGUCAAAAGCCUGUCGCACCCUAGCAUCGUCAAGUACGAGGGCAUGGCGCGCGACGACGACUCCCUGAGCAUCGUCCUCGAGUACGCGGAGAACGGCUCGCUCGGGCAGACCCUGAAGGCGUUCGGGAAGCUCAACGAGCGGCUCGUCGCCAACUACGUCGUCAAGAUCCUCGAGGGCCUCCACUACCUCCACCAGAACGACGUCGUCCACUGCGACCUCAAGGCGGCGAACAUCCUCACGACCAAGACCGGCAACGUGAAGCUCUCGGACUUUGGCGUCUCGCUCAACCUGCGCGCGAUGGAACGCGAGAUGAAGGACGUCGCCGGCACCCCGAACUGGAUGGCGCCCGAGGUCAUCGAGCUCAAGGGCGCGAGCACCAAGGCCGACAUCUGGUCCCUGGCGUGCACGGUCAUCGAGCUCCUCACCGGGCGCCCGCCGUACGCGGACAUUGCGAACAGCAUGUCGGUCAUGUUCCGCAUCGUCGAGGACGAGUGCCCGCCCCUGCCCGAGGAGUGUUCCGAGAGCCUCCAAGAGUUCCUGAAGUGGUGUUUCAACAAGGAUCCGACGAAACGCCCGAGCGCGGAGCAGCUGUUCGAGCACGAGUGGCUCAUGUCGCACUCGGCUGCGCACAAGCAUCUCCAGGUGUUCCGGCGGCAGGACAGCAUUCCGUUCCUGCGCCGGGUCAGCGCCGACAUGCAGAAGUCCAAGGUGAUCCGCUACCUCGCCGACAUCGAGAAGCAGGUGUCCGAUCCCGCACCUGCCGACCGUCGCACGUCGUUCGAAUUGCCUUCGCCCUCGGUCCAGUCGACGCCCGGACGCCCGCGGAUGUCCAACAGCGGGGAAUCGUUCUCGCCGCGAGAGCACUCGUUCGUGAAGACGACGUUCGGAAAACCGGUCAUUUGCAGGGUGUGUCUCCAGAACGUCAAGAAGAGCGCGGUGCUGUGCGAACAGUGCAGCCUCAUCUGCCACUCGCGCUGCUCGAACAACGCGCCGCCGACGUGCGACCUCCGCGCCCAGCUCCUCUUGUAUGCGCAGUACGCAGAGGCCGGCAACCCGAACAACCCGUACUCUCCGAUGGAGAUCCUCACCGCGGCCGUCCAAGCGCCCACAAGCCCUACCAGCCAGACGUCCGACGACGGCGCCGGCGGCGCAGGGAACAGCCUUCACCCUCCGACCUCCUUCCGUGUCCUCACGGCGUUCAAGCGUUCCAAGUCGUCUCUCCCGGCCGACCAGGAGAACGGCUCGACGUCACAGCUGCCGACCCCCACGAAGCAGCUCUCGCGCAAGUCCUCCGUCCUUCACAGGAAGGGGAAGGCGAGCGACCCGACGGCGGACCGCUUGGCUCGGCCGCCGUCGAUCUCGAGCAACAGCACGAACCCGAACUCGUCGAGCGUGCGCUCCGCGGUGACCGCCACGGAGAGCAUCGCCUCGAGCCAGCAGCGCCCGCGGGUCUCCGGGGGGGACAAGUCGGAUCGGCUGUCGCGCAUGACGUCUUUCUCUGCCGUGUCGGCGCUGUCGGGCGCGGAGACGGAGCGCGACUCGGUCGUCGACCCCAUGCCUGGGGGCGCCAACAAGCGGCGGCAGCGCGAGAGCGGCGGGUGCACGGUGCAGUGA